AACAUGAUAUGAUAAUAUUAUUACUAGCUAUAAAGCUAUAAAAAUGUCACAAAAUUAUGAAAGUCAAGAUCCUCUAAAUUUGAUUCAUAUUAUUGGUCAGGUGGUAAGUAUGCAGUGAAGGUUAUGAAGCGUCAGCUGUGAAUUUGAUCUUUAUAACGCACAAGAUUUUGCUAUUAUAUACCUUAAUGUCUUGUCAGUUUCGACCUUUGGUGCAUCCAGUGGUUGCGCAAUAACUUUGACAUUAAAUCGUGCCAAAUUGUUUCAUUUUUCAAUCAUUAUGUUUAAGAUUAAAUCGCAUUGAAUAUAACUAUUAACUUAUAGUUAUAUUUGUAAAAAUCUCUCAUUAUUACAGUAUAGUAUGUCUGAGAUAAACGUGACUACAUCCACCAUUCUGGGUUACAGCGACAGAGAAAGAUCGCUCAUGCUGCUCAUUCUAAUACUGCUGGCAUUCUUUGCCAUCGCGGGGAACUUAGCCCAGUUCCUCGCCAUCUUCCUGGAGACCAGCCUCCAGACGGCCAGCAACAUCUUUAUAAUCUCCCUGGGUUGCAGUGACUUUGGUGUGGGUGUUAUCACCCUGCCCAUGGUGGCUCUUACUGUCUACAAUAGAGUCUGGGUGUUCAAUGACUCUGUCUGCAAGCUGAUCGGAGUGGUAGAUUCUGUCAUGAUCACUGCUUCCAUGUGGACUCUUGGGUUCACUGCUCUCGAUCGCUUCCUCUUGGUUCAAUCUCCUAUCAGCCAUAGAAACAAUAUGACUAGAUCUAAAGCAACCAAAACGGUAAUAUUCUGUUGGUGUCUGUCCUUUGCUUGUGCAGUGUUGCCUCUGUUUGGUUGGAGUGAUUACUCCUUCUCCGAACACAGCAUGUCCUGUGCCAUGACGUCUGUUAGGGGGUUCAACAGUGUGGAUAAGUAUUACUUCCUCUUCUAUGUCAUGGUCAGUUUCCCUAUCCCAAUGGGAAUGAUCAUCAUAUGCUACUUCAUGAUCUUCAGAUAUUCUGUAAACAGGAGCAUGAGUGGGAUUGUCCUGCCCGGCAAGGCUGGUACCUCAUGUAAACCCCUGGUCCUUGUCUCCAACAUCCGCACUGCCAAGAUCACUCUCCUGCUUAUUAUCUUCGUGCUGGCAUGCAUCCUCCCUACCUUCAUCUUUGGAAUGUUUUUUUGGUUUGAGAAGUCUAUCCCCUUCGGUCACCAAACAAGUAAAGCUGUGAUAUGGUCUCUGCUGGGGAACAGUGCUUUUAAUCCCAUACUCUAUGGCUGGUUCAACAAGCACUUCAGGUCAGUUUACAAACAGAUGUUCCUCAGCCUGCUGCUCCGAGAGAAAUACUCCGUCCUCCGUAGAGCCAUGAUGUCCAUGAAGUCCAUCCAAGGAACCCCGAAACAGUCUUUCAACAACAGUGCAGCUGGCCAGGUAGAGUUCCCGGUAGAAUUGUGUAGACGAGAAUCCAACUUUAGCUACUCUCUGAAGCUACUAAGGAGGUACAACAGGAGACUGAACCGAGAGCCCCGGUGUUCCAUGCCCAAUGCCAUCACCAUGUGCUGUGCAACCCCCGAGUUAUCAGACGGGAAGAACCCACGGCGGCACUCUUUUGCUGGAGGGGAUCUGUACACAAACACUCACACAGUCCCUGUACAUUACCGGAGCGAACCCAACAUAAUCAAUGAUUGGCACAUCAAAACUUGCACUUACCACAGGUAA